AUGCAGAGCAUUCUACUCGCUGUUAUUCUGAUCUUCGCCCUUUCCUGGAUCAGCGCCAAUGCGGAUGUCAAUCGUCGUCCAGACGGACGCAUUGUCAACGGACGCGAUGCUCGCGAAGGCGAGUUUCCAUAUCAAAUGUCCUUGCGCCGUCUAACCGUGCAUAUCUGUGGCGCCUCCGUGCUGGAUGGCAGCUGGGCCAUAACCGCUGCCCACUGUGUCGACGGCCACGAGAAUCAGCCACAAGAGUUCACGCUGAGAUUGGGUAGUGUUAAGCGCUCCAGCGGUGGAAGCAUAAUGUCGGUUCGCACUAUCUAUAAGCACCCCUCGUACGAUGCUAGCGACAUGAAUUUCGAUGUAGCCCUGAUGCGCACUCUGCCCGGUGCCUUGACCAUGGAUGCCAAUGUGAAGCCAAUUCGUUUGCCAGAAGCUGGCGAGGCCAUCGAGGAAAAUGUUUCGGCCAUUGUAUCCGGCUGGGGGCAUAUGAGCAGCUCGGAAGCCAUGUUAUCUUCGGUAUUGAAGUACACGACGGUUCAGACAGUAAAUCAAGCAAAAUGUCAGCGCGACUUGAGUUUCCACGGCGGAGUGAGUGAGGCCAUGUUCUGUGCGGCUGCUCGCAACACGGAUGCUUGUCAGGGAGAUAGCGGGGGACCUUUAACCGCUCAAGGAAAAUUGAUUGGCAUUGUUUCCUGGGGUGUGGGCUGUGCAGACCCAUAUUAUCCUGGUGUCUACACGCGCUUAGCACAUCCAUCUAUAAGGCGCUGGGUUCGCCUGCUGACAAAGCUGUAAAUAAACUCAUAAAAGUCAAUAAACCUAUAUUGCGUGACAAUUACUAUGUGUAUUU